AUAUAGUUUCUCUCGAUUCUUAGCUCAAUCCGGUCGGCUUUAGUUCCAUUCCGCAUUUAAAUCCAUCGGCCGCCGGCUUAACAACAGUGUUAUCAAUGAAUUAAUUUAAGUACCUCAGCCAACUUAAGAUUAAGCACAGUGUCAAGCAAAGGAAACUUUAAACAUGGAGAAGAAACAUACAAAUUGGCUGUUCUGUCUGACCAUCUUGUUCGGAUUUUUUGCCCAGGGAAGAACGGCUUUAAUCUCUCAAAGCAGCCAGCAAAUAUUUAAGCUGCAGAAUAAAGUGAUUCUCGCGGAACUGGGAAGGGAUUCGAGUGCCAAAGAGACGAGCUAUACAUUUGAAACCGACCUGAAGAUCAAUUCGGUUUGGAGUCAGAAUGAAGAUCAGCUCCUGGAGGUUUUCAUCAGUGGGAGCCGAGUUGAUGCCUCUGGAAAAGCCCGUUCCAUUACUCAAAUACCUGAUAGACCUUUUUAUAUCAGUUUGGUUAAGGGACAGCCCGAAAAGGUUAUAGCUCAUACUUCAAAAGAUCAAUCCCUGCUGAAUUUGGAACGCGGAAUUGCUUCGCUUCUGCAGUUGAGAUUGACUGACUCCCCGGAGGAGGAACUGGAUGUUUCCGGUUUGUGUCGAGUAUCCUAUAAUGUGAAAUCCUCAACGAAAGUGGAGAAAAUCAAACGAGACUGCUCUCUUUGGGAUCUCAGGGUUAACACGCAUCCAGAAGAAGCUCUGGGCGUUACUCACCAAGCCCAGGAACAGGUCUCCUAUGAACUCUCUUCAGAUGGAUCUCUUUUAAAGGCAGAGACCGUGGAAAAUCACCGCCUGAGCCUAGCAGCCAAACCCGAUGUGGGAAGCUCCGUGAAGAGCACUCUAACCUUGCAGCACAUUUCACAAGGAUCGGAGGAAGUCAAGCAGCUGGGAGUAGACAGUUUGGAGGAGGCCAUCCAAAGCCUGCUGGAAUGGUAUCGCGUAUUCGAGCUGGAGUCCGAUGUAGAUGGUUUGAUCAGCGAGAUCAAAGAGCAAACUCUUGAGGAACAACUUAAAGCAUCUCUCAAUGAACUGCAAGCGGAGGACGUGGGCAAAUCCUCGCUGGCUCUAGCUUACGUCAAGCUUAUCCCCCUGGCUCGCGUCUCGAGGCAAGAGCAAUUCGAGGAACUGCUCAAGGACCAUUCGAAACUGCUGCCCCUUAUGGUGGAUCUUUUUGGUGCUGUUCAAACCUUCGAGGCACAUAAUGCCACAUUUGGAUUCCUCUACAAUCAGGAGGAAACUACAAACGAGCAUUUAGAACUGUUAGAGAAGUAUUUGCAAUCCCUAGCUGUGGCCACGCAUCCAGAUAGGAAAAUAGUUGAGCACUUGUUCGGCUUACUAGAGCUGGAAUCAACCAAAAAGCAGUUCAAACUGAGGGACAGCAUUAUCCAAACGCUGGCCACCUUGACCCGCCAAAGUCGAUUGGGUGGUGAUGAUUCUUUGCUGCAGCAGGUUCGAACUUAUCUUCUGCAAGGCCUCGCCUCCAAGGAGCCCACUUUGUAUAUCAGGGCACUGCAAAAUCUCCAGGACCCCGUCACCAUUGAAUCCCUGCUGGAACAGGCUCAAAGUGGCGAGGAGCCCAACUUAUCGGUGGCUGCUCUGCAGGCCUUGAAAGCAUUUCCCCCGGGCAGUUUUAAUUCCUCGCAUCGCCAGCAGUUUGAGAGUAUCUUCUAUCAGCGAAAGCGACGCUUUGAUAGCUCCGCACGCACUCUGGCUCUGGAUAUUAUCCUGUCCCUUAGGCCAAAUCAGGAGCAAUUGGGUUACCUUUUGGAUUACCUAGCCUCAACCGAUCGCCAAUUUGAGAUCAAAACCUAUGUGCUGCAGAAGCUGAGAAUGCUGGCUGAAAAGUGUCCGCGAUUCAGGGCUUUAUUCGUGGCGGAGUUGGCCAAAAGGAGUCAGGUGAACAACUACCAUGUACUGGGACAAAAGGGACUCACCACUGUUCUUACCCGUCAACUUUCCUUGGCGCCUGCCUUUAAUGAAUCGCUUUUAAGCACCCAGGAGGUCUACCAAGGGAUCCUCAAGCGCGGCUCCGUGGAAUUCCUGCUCCACGCAGGACGCUCUCAAGCCAGCAGUUUCAAAUUGGGCAUCUACACUGCCGGCUUGGGUUCGCUGGUGGGCGAUGGUGACUCCGGCGAUGGGAAUGACAGAAUCCCAGCGGAUGAUCAGAUGGACGGCGAGGAGACCGUCACCGCGGGCAUGGAAAUCAGUGUGCAGGGUGCCCAGCUGCGACCCCUGAUCUUCUUCAGCGGUCAGACAGAGCUAAUGGGUCAUGUGUGGGGAGGAAGUGCUUCGGACUCGACGCCAGCCUACCAGGCAACCACUUUGGCACAGGAUAACGAGCACUACAUAAUCCUGGCGUCGGGAGCCACUCUACAUUGGCAAGUGCUGGGCGCCAGGAGUGUGGAUCUCAAUGGCAAGGUCGGAUUUAGCCUGUGGAAUCGUAAUGCUCAAACGGAGAUCCAGCAGAACACUGGCAGCGCUGUCUUGGGUCACGUUGCCGUUGGCUUCACCUAUGCUAAAUUAGUGCAGGAUUUCAGUCUGACCCACGAACCGAAGUUGAGUCUGAAUGCGGAUCUGGACUUUUAUAGUGGAAUAAAACUCUGCAUGCAACUUCAGAGACCUGAACAGUUGCUCAAACAAACCAAUAUUCGUUCGGUUUUCCUGCAAUCUGUGGAUCGUCCUUAUGCCAAACACGUUUGCUCUUCGCUCUCUCACAAAACCACGGGCUGCACUUUUGCCCUAAAUCAGAAGAACAACGAAAUGUGCAACAUUAUAUUCAGCGAAUAAUAGAGAUUUUCUCAGAGAUUAUUGGAGAUUCCUAAAACAAAAACAGAUAAACACAUAAAUACUGUAAUGCUAUGCUAAAAACUCAGAGAUUAAGACUCUAUAGUUGUAAACUCAAACGAACAAAGACAAUUUUAUUUUCAUA